GGUCACAUGGGCUCCUUUGGGUCAGGACUUGGACCUCACGGCCAUGCGACUCCUCGGCCUUCAUCGGUGGGGGCACUCAACCAGCUUGGCCAGCCUCGCCUGAAGCGCAAUGGAGAGCUCUACAAGACCAAGAACUACGUCUACAACCGAGCCUUGUACGAGCAGAAGAUGGCUAAUGAGUCACCAGAGCAGCGAGCCAAGAGACUAGAAUAUGCACGGCAAAGGUACCACAGGAUCAAGGAUACGCUCACCCCUGAGGAGCUGAUGCGGCGCAACCAGCGCGCCAAGGAGCGGUAUCACCGCAUGACGGCAACAGAGACACCCGAAGAGCGGCAUAGACGAAAAUGGCUGCAGCAUGGUUUUUAUUAUUCUGAUUCAUUCAUUAGGAGUAAUUAA